AUGGAUCCUUUAUCCGUCUCGGCAUCCGUUGUAGGACUUCUAGGCGCCGGAGCCAAGAUCACAUCAUGUCUUUGGACAUUCGCGACCAACGCUAGAGACGCCCCUCAACUUGCACGUCAUCUUGUGUUUGAAGUAGCCGAUAUCACAGCGGCACUUGGUUCGCUUCAGGCCUAUGUGCGCGGACAGGCUCAAGCCCCCGGUGAACGAGGGGCAUUGAUUCUGUUGGAACAUGUUCUUACUACACUGACAGGAUGCGUUACUACGUUCUCGGAUCUCCAGCGCCUUAUGGACCAGCUGAAUCUGAGCCCUGGCAUGGGGACUAUUGAUAAGAUGAAAUGGGCUCGACAAGAGCCUUACAUCUGUGCUAUUGUCCAGCGCCUUCAAAAUCACAAGUCGUCGUUGACGUUGAUGUUGACCGUUUUGCAGUGUGAAACAAUGAAAGAAGCACAAAGUUCAACUCACCACCUCUGCAAUCUUGUUGAGGAAUUGCUCCAAAGCAACCAAGAUCUUGCCAGUCGUAUCAGAGGGCUUGAGCGAGAGGGUUCUAUUAUUGCAGAAUCUAGGAGAGACGAUGUCUCUACCCUUCGACAGGCACGAGGCUCAAAAUCUCUUUCAUUCAUCGACACACAGGCUUCCGCCAUCAAAUUCACAUUCGACCAGGACCUCCAGGCAUCUCGAGUGUACAACCGCGCCAUAGGUAGACAAUCUAUGACAUCUCUUACAAGCACUGCAUUGUACACGACUGCGCUGUCUCUUUUCUCCAACCUAAGCCUCUCUCAAGUGUCUAACAUCUCUUUCUACGCCUUGCCAGUUUACUCCAAUGAUUUGAGUAACAACGAAUGCUAUGUAUUUGGCGAGGAAGGGGCUGUGGUACGCUCAGAUAGUUCUCAGGCUCCCAAGUCUUCUACCUCACAGCAAAAGACGCAAAAUGGUGCGGACAACAUCUUUCCACCAACGAACCAGGCUCAGGCACCUCCACGGCUACUCGGACGCUUUGCGAGAAGGCGCAAGAAGCCAGUGGUGAGUGCACCAGAAAAUCCCUACCAUGUUACCCAUAUUGGAUUUGACGGCUCAACGGGGCAGUUUACUGGUCUACCUAGAGAGUGGCAGAGGAGGUUGAAUGGUGAACAUGCUUCCCAAGAUGCAGGAAGUGCGUCGCAGUGGUCACAGAUGGUUGGCCCAUGGCAGUUUCAUAAGCAAACCACAGGAGGAGCCCCUCUGGACCCCAAUAAUUAA